AAACUCAGCCUUAUCAGGACCACCUAACACUGGCAUUGGCAAUAACAAGUGAUAAAUGUACAUACUGUUAAUCACAAAUAUCAUCAUUAGACAAAUAAGGUGUUUAAAUAGUAGCAAGCACAAGUAUUGAAUUAAACAAAAAAUGGGCAUGGAGGGGACGAGGAUGGUGUGUGUGACCGGAGCAUCAGGGUACAUUGGUUCCUCCCUUGUCAUGAGGCUUUUGCAAAGAGGUUACCAUGUUAGAGCCACUGUCCGGGAUCCUGGAAAUGAGAAGAAGGUGAAGCAUCUACUAGAGCUGGAGAAUGCAAGUACAAAUUUGAGCUUAUGGAAGGCGGAUCUGAAGGAGGAAGGCAGUUAUGAUGAUGCAAUUCAAGGUUGUGAAGGUGUCUUCCAUGUCGCCACCCCUAUGGAACUCGUACUUCUCAAAGACAAUGUCGGGAUGGAUGAGAUAAAAUCAACAACAGUGAAUGGGAUGCUGAGCAUAAUGAGAUCCUGUUCCAAGGCCAAAACUGUCAAGAGGUUCAUCUACACCGCAUCUGUAUACACCGUCGCUAUGCAGCCUCAACCUCAACCCUCACUCGACGAGUACACUGAAGAUCAUUGGUCCGACAUUGACCUCUGCUUUAAUCAGAGGAUGUUUGGAUGGAUGUAUGCGAUAGCAAAAACCAGUGCUGAGAAAGCUGGGUGGAAAUACGCUGAAGAACACGGGAUUGACAUGGUCACUGUUCAUCCUUCCCUUGUCGUUGGCAGUUUUAUUAAUCCCUGCACAAGUUUCAGUAUCGACACUGCAGUUUCCUUAUAUGCUAAAGACGAAACUACCAUAGCUUGGCUCAAGGGCUUGCAUGGAAUCACAGCUGUGCACGUGGACGAUGUAUGCAAUGCUCACAUUUAUCUCUAUGAGCAUCCUGAGGCUAAGGGAAGAUACAUUUGCUCCUCUCACAGUUUUAACAUCUUUGACAUUGCAGUGUCACUGAGCCUCAAGUACCCUGGCAAAACUAUACCAACCGAAUUCGGGGUCCUGGACAAGACUUUUGCCCUCCCUUGUUCAUCGAAGAAGCUGAUGGAGCUGGGGUUCAAGUUCGCACACCAAAACAAAGAUGCUGGUGAGCUGUGCGCUGAAACUAUUCAGUCAUGCAUUGAAAAGGAUUUGGUAUGAUCAAGAGAACAUCAAUGAUGAUGAAUAAAUGAGAGUUCCUAAUUUGUGUACUCUUGUAUCUCUGUUAUUAGUUUGAAUUUACUGCAAAAAAGCAAGUGAGCUGAAGUAGUCGUUGUAAUCGAACUUAAUUCGUGAAAAUACUAUGCACUGUGAA